AUGCCAUCCUUAUACAACUUACUCGUCGGCCUCGCAGGCCUGACACCAGCAUUGGCUCUGGGCACGGGCCAGAAGUUCAAGAUCGUCGACAGCGGACGGUCCUUCGACCGCUUCAUCACAAUAUGGCUGGAAAACCAGGACUUUGACAAGGUCGUCAAGGACGCCCACUUCGCCGACCUGAAAAGGGAGGGCAUCUCGCUCACCAAAUUCUACGCCCAGACGCACCCAUCGCAACCAAACUAUAUUGCAGCUAUCGGGGGCGAUUACUUCGGCCUGAACCACGAUGACCACCUUCGUAUACCGGAGAAUGUCUCGACGGUGGUAGAUCUCUUGGACACGAAAGAGAUCUCGUGGGGAGGCUACUUUGAAGACCAGCCCGGGCCUGGGUUCAUGGGGCUUGCGAGCGAGGGAAGCACGGGAAACGGGACAUGGGAUUAUGUCAGGAAGCACAACCCCUUCGUAUCCUACGACAACAUCGCCAACAACGGGAGCCGUCUCUGGUCCCUCGGCUCCUUUGACGACUUUAAGAAAGACCUCGCAGCGAACCAGGUGCCACAAUUCGUCUUCAUGUCGCCCAACAUGAUGAACGACGGUCACAAUACCACCCUCGAGUACGCGACCUCAUGGGCACACCACUUUAUCGAGCCCCUCCUCGCCGACGGCGUGUUCAAGGAGCGGACCCUCAUCAUGCUCACGUACGACGAAAGCGAGUCCUACGAUAUCCCCAACAAGAUCAGCACCCUGCUCCUUGGCAAUGCGGUCCCAAGCGAGCUGAAAGGCACCGAGGACGACACAUACUAUACACACUAUUCUAUACUAGCAACGUUGCAGAACAAUUGGGAACUACCAUGUCUAGGGCGGUACGAUGUUGGGGCCAACAUAUUCCAACACGUUGCUGCCGCCACGGGAUACGAAAAUAUCGGCGACCCGGAUAACUUCGCGGGUAUCAACAACAGCCUGUCAUACCCGGGCGCUUUCCACUCAGACCCCACGAUGUAUAUGCCCGUUCCGGUUCCAAACAUGAAGCUCGUCGGCGCGGGGGGCUUGCCAGUGCUUCAGCAGGUGUAUAACAAGUGGCGGUCCCAGGAGGGCGAGCCGAGCCCUUAUGAUGGGUCUGGUGAGGCCUUUGACGGGUCAGCGUAUUUGCCAGAGUAUUUCGCGCAGGAGCCGAAUAUGGUCUUGCCAACCUGA